UUCAGUAGCGGAGUUCGGUGCGAUCCAUGAAGAAGCGGAAACGUGUGAGGAGAAAGGGAGAGAGAGAGAGAGAAAAAAGAGCAGCAUCGCUGAAGGCCAAAUAAGAGCUUAUUUUGAGAUAUCGUAAUAUAUGGAGUUACCCAUGGGUGAUCGUGUUUAUGCGGCAGAGAGAAUCAUGAAGAAAAGGGUGAGGCGGGGGCGAGUUGAAUACUUUGUCAAGUGGAAAGGAUGGAGUCAAAAGCACAGUACAUGGGAACCAGAAGAGAAUAUACUAGAUCUACGCCUCAUUGAUAUUUUUGAACGAGGACAACGUGGGGAUCCAACAUCUCACAAAAGAGGACCUGGUAGAAAGAAGGACUCAGCACGUUAUCAUGACACCCAUCAGCAGCAGCAACAGCAGGAAGUUGGACGAAGUGAUGCAGAGGAUGCGGAGGAGGUUCAAGGGGGUGUCGGGGGGGACAGCAGCCAAGAUGAAGGGGCAGGAGGGAACAGCAGUGCUUUGCCAGAGUUGGAGCUAGGGGAACGGGAGGAUGAUGACGCUGGUAAGAAGCCAGAGGCAGUGCAAGGGGGCGAAGGAGGAGGAGGGGACAGCGCCAAGGAUGAUAAGGGGGCAACACAAUCCACCAGAAAAUUGCCAGAGUUGGAGCCAGGGGCACAUGAUACCAGCAGCAAAGAUGGUUGUGCAGAUGCUACUAGUGUUACACCGCCUCCCCCUAAUUUGGUAGCACUGCCACCGGAUGUUGUAGAUGGUGACAGCAGCAGUAGUGAAGACAGGCCAAUCAUCAGUCGAAGGGAACCAGUUGGAACAAAACGAAAGGCAGAGGUUUUGUCAAAAGAAUCUGGAAAGAUUGGUGUUACAAUUACAACAAGCAGUUCUUCCAGUAGCAGUAGUGGGGCUGGGAGCCCACCACCUAGCAAACUGCCUCGGUUACUGCCAGUCAAAUCUGUUACUGCAUCCACAUCACCUUCAUACAGUCCACAGCAAGUUCAUGGUCGUCGUCCUUCAAGUUCGAAGCCAACCUCAGAUGCAUCAGUGAUAUCUCAAGAUGAUGCAGAUGGAGUGGGAUGUGCACUGUCUGCAGGAUCUCCUCCCCCUGCUUCUGGCCGUGGAUCAAAAUCACCCGCAUCUUCUCCACCUCCAGCUCUCUCGCCCACCAGUCCCCGUUCAAACAGCACUGACAAAAAAAUAUUAGCUCCUGCUUUAUCGCCUGUCACCAGUCAUACAUCACAAGAACAGCAGGGGACAGAUACAGCAACCACUUCACGAACAGAAGAUUCACAUAAGCAAAAACGUUCUCAGCAGGAAAGCAGCACUGUUGCCACAGGGGAAAUUAGUGGCAGUACUGUCAUGGACCAAACAGGAGAAACAUCUGCUCUAAACAGCAGUGUCUCAGUUACAGGUGGAAGCCUGGUGAAUGGACAUCUUAGUGCUUACAGUAGUAAUAGUAAUAUUAACACUGGAAGUCUGGAUGAAGUGGAUAAACCGCCUCCCACACUGAUUCCUCAGUUACUGACAAGUCCCAGUUCUGAAUAUUGGCAUGCAAGGAAUCCAGUGGCAGACCAGGUUUUCAUAACAGAUGUUACAGUCAACCUCAAGACAGUUACAAUUAGAGAAUGCAAGACUGAAAAGGGUUUCUUUCGGAACAGGGAUGUGUCCAAUCAGAGUGAUAUUAAGUGAUUAGUUUAUAACUCUGAUCUGUCAUGAGCUUCACUGAAAGUAGAAGGGUUUAGUGAUGCAUAUUUCAUUUUCAGCUCAGUUUUAAAUGAAAUUGUGAGUUAAGUAAAGUGUAGAAUUAAUACAGACAAUGUUUUGACAUUUAUAGAUAUUUUGUACCAUUAGAAAGUACCAUGACUGUUUUCAUUGACUGCCUCUUAUGAUAAAGGUUAAUUGAUUUGACCUCCUUGUGCUCUAUUUGAAGCUAUCUGGAUAUCCCUCCUCAAGAUAAUUGAAGAACAGACUGUCACUAACAUGAUGGUUUUGAUGACAUGUACAUUGUAUUUAUGUGGUCUGUUUUCAUAGUCUGCAAACAAGUAAUAUAGUAAUAUAUGCCUAGAUGAAAUUGAAAACAAAGGUAAGAUUAUUCGAGUAUAGAUGGUAGGUCUGGGGGAUAGGGAAUGCACACAUGGUGAUCUUGCUGAUGAACCUUAUAGCUGAAUUCACAAAGAGAGAUGAAGGGUUGCAAGCCUCCAAUAUCUGAUCCAUAAUAUGCUGAAACUGAGAGCUGUGUUCUUUUGCCUGACAGUUGUUGUGUAUUCCUAGCAUGAAGUACAUAAAGUGAAUGCGUUUAGGGUCAUUUAUGCUCCUCUCUGUCCAUUCAACCAAUCACAUGUUGAUUGUGUGUACAAGAGCUUAUGUCAGAUGUUGAUAAUGUUGUUAUUUGUUUUUUAUUUUGUCCCCCCCCCCCCAAUGAAUGCAUCCUGUUGUGUAUCAUAUAUUAUUUCUUAC